GGGCGGGGACAAUUGAGAACGCUUCCCGCCGGCGCGCUUUCGGUUUUCAAUCAGGUCCGAUAGUGUUGUAUAUCAGGGGAGGGCGGCCCUCGCCCUGACAGAAGCUGUCUUCCCGGCUGUAGCGAUCAUGUCUGGCAGAGGAAAGGGCGGAAAAGGCCUCGGCAAAGGGGGCGCUAAGCGCCACCGCAAGGUCUUGAGAGAUAACAUCCAAGGCAUCACCAAGCCGGCGAUCCGGCGUCUAGCUCGGCGUGGGGGCGUUAAGCGGAUCUCUGGCCUGAUUUACGAGGAGACCCGCGGUGUGCUCAAGGUGUUCCUGGAGAACGUGAUUCGGGACGCGGUCACCUACACGGAGCACGCCAAGCGC